AUGUUCAGCUGGACCAGCCUGCUCUUCCUCCUCUGCAGCGCCCUGACGCCUGCCCUCUGCUGUGAUUGGCUCAGACACUACCGUCGCCUGAGCAACAACUCUCAGACUCUCCUGCACCUCAUGGGUGAGCUGACUGAAGAGGAGUGUCCAGUUUCCUUUCCAUACAAACUCUACAGACACAUGUAUAAUGCUGAGGUGGAGUCCCAGUUGGUUUUCAUCGUAGACAGUCUGGGGCUGAUUUCUGAUCUCUAUCACCAUGACAACCUCUCCUCUGCUAACUGGGAUACUGACAAGACCGAAAAAUUCUUGAUGAACAUCCACAGACAGACAGAAGAACUCAAGGGCUGUGUGUCGACAAACAAGCGAGCAGACGUCAGACUGAGAAAAUACUUCAGGAGACUGCAGAGAAAUACGCUGAACCGCACUGGUGGUGGUGCUGCGUCCUGGGAGCUGAUCAGGAAGGAGACUAAGAAGCACCUGGAUCAGCUGGACCUGCUGGUGGCCUCCAUCAGAGCUUCAGCUGAGACCAGCAGGAGGCGCUCUACACCAACUCAACCGCAACACUGACGCAUCUGUUCAAUCUGUUUGACUGUAACAUUUAUUGUGUUUCUCUGUGAGAGACGGACUCUGCAGCU